GAGCGGGUCGAUCGCCAAAUGAUUCGACACCUGCUUGGUAAAUACUCAAGAGAAGAGCUAGGGCGAUUGCUACAAGAAGAAGGGCGCAUGUCACCAUCUUCAUCAUAUGAGGAAAGAUCUUUUAUGCUCUCCAGCAGCAACAUGUCCAGCGGCAGCUCGCACGACGAUUCAAACAUGUUCGAUUCAACAAGCAGUAACAACGCAUUCUCAGAUACGUCAUCCACAUGCGGAAGCAUCACUUCCAACGUGUCACCUCGAGCGAGUCACCGUCGCAAGCCCAACGCAAGCCCGUCGACAACUCGCGCCAGCAUAUCUCUUACUGAUGAGUCAUCAUGGGAUGUCGAGGAUGCUACACCUGCAGCAUCGGCUCCGAAGCAAAAGGGGUCAUUCACCUGCGGAUUCUGUCUUGAAGAAGGCAUUCAAAAGACAUGCACCCGCAAGAAUGACCUGAAGCGCCACAUGGAAGACUUUCAUCACACCAACGCACAGUGGUUCUGCCGCCACCGAGGCUGUCAAAUGGUGUUUGAUUGGCAAACCGCUUACAAGGCUCACCUGAAGAACUCUCAUGGGGGAUCGAGGAUGAACCUGGACGACGCCAAGGUUCCGCUUUGUCCCCAGACUGUCUUCGCAUGCGGCUUCGAGAACUGUCUCCAAGUCUUUGAGGCACCAAGCGACGUACACGCGGGCCCCACCUUCAAGGAGUACGUGAGCCACGUUGUCAAGCACUUUGACGAAGGCGCAAGCAGCGGCCAGUGGAGUUACUCGGCCAGGAUGCGGAAUCUGCUUAGACAAUCCAGCGUGCUGAACGCCUGGUCGCAGUCGCUGUGGCCAGAUGGUGACCCGAGCCGCCUGCGGUGGAACUCCCAAACCAGCAGCGUCCUGCGAAAACGCCUGGAGACGAGACAUCUUGGCGACCUCCAGUUUCUCGUUCAAUAUGCCAUUGCGCUGGGGUCAAGUCCCAAUGGUGCGAUUCAAAACUUUCGUGCGGACUUUGUGACCCCGAUCCGUAGUGAGUGCCGGAUGGCGAUCCAUGGCCACAGCAGGACCUCCGCAGCACCCACCCCCGACGCAGACCACAUGCAAUACAACAUGUCAACGGGUGGUGCCAACCCAGCAAUGAUUGCAUAUUACCAGCGGCACGCGUAC